UACUGUCGUGGUUGCUUCUCUGUAUGCGUGUGUAUAUCUGGCAUCGCAGCGAAAAAAAUAAUAAUAAUAAACAAUUGCCACCAAAUUGUUGAUUUUGGGUAUCACGUUUCAAAGCCGCGAGUUCUGAACCCCCCAAAACGACCAUGUCCGCCUACUAUAACCUACUACUACAAGCGGACACCUACGACGACGAGUCGAUAGGCGACGAGCGUAGCGAAGAAGACACGGACGACGCCAGCGAGACAGAGUUCCGCAGCCCCAGCCGCUACGGCAUGAAUGGGACCUCCAACAGCAACAACAUGGGCACCAACAGCGAACUGAAGGAGCAAAUGUACCAGCACAAGCUGCUCAAUCUGCAGAAGCAGAUUGAGGAACUGGGCCAGCUGGUGCACCCGGAGUACGUGAAGCGCGUGAAGAAGCUGGACAACCAGCUAAAAGAGCGCCGACGCAUGAACGAGAUCUACAAGGAGUACAUGCGCGAGUGCGUCGAACGGGACUAUGUGCUGGAGAAGAUGGCCGCCCAGAAGGAGUACGACGAAAAGAUGAUGGACCUCAAAGACAACCUGAUCUCGGACUUCGAGGACCGCAAGCGCCAGAUCGAGAACGAGCGCUUCAGCAUCGAGCUGACCAACGAUUCCAUGGAGAUCAAGACGACGAUCACGCGCAAGCUGCGUCGUCGCCCCAACGAACCGCUUCCGGUGAUCGAGAAGCGCCGCAAGCCGGCCACCGGCCAGCUGCUCAUCUACCAGCUGGAUGACAAGGAAAUCGAGUCGGACCUAAAGAUCAUCCAGCGCGGCAGACCGAAUCCAGUUCCCCAGCAAAACGGCAGCGGCUCCUACGGCAGUGGCCCCCAGCAGCAACAAUCUAUGCACGUGCUGGCCGAGCCGACCUCCAACAGCGGCCUGGUGGAGACCCGCAUCGAGGACAACAAGCUGCUGUACGAGCGACGAUGGUUCUGCCGAGGCCAGCAGGUCUAUGUGGAGGGCAAGGAGAUGAGCAAGUUCGCGGCCACCAUUACAGCCAUUGGCAACGAGGUGGUUUGGGUGAAGCGCACCAACGAGACCAAGGUCAAAAUCAACAUGUCCCAUCUGGCCAAGGGCAAGAUCUCGAUAAAGCGCCGAUAGCUCCGCCGCCGGGCCGGGCGUCUCCACAUCACGCCCGCCCCGUUUCCUCGGUCAAGAAACGUAUUUUCAUAAAAUUAUUGGUACAGACAUAGCACUAGAUUAGGUGUAAAUUUUUCUAAACGCAUAUGCGUAUUGCAAAUUGUAAAUAAUGAAACCACAAUUGUUUUGUAUACAAAGCGAUUUUUUUAUUGUUGCAAGCGAAUACUUUCCAGCGCAGUGCGUCCCAGUUGCAAUGCACAACGCUUUUGCGGGGAAACGUAGGUCCAUAUCCAGCUUUUAGCGAUGUUAAGGAAAUAAUAGUCUCCAGAUAUCUUCAGAUUUAUUCUACAUAAAGAAAUGUAGCAUGCCUUACUGUUUUUCUAAUUUUUUACGGAGUACAUAACCUUAACUAUCCAAACCAGUUUUCUACUCCGGUGUACCAUGGGUUAAACCUAGAAUAAAGCCAUUCGGAUAUUGCUAUAGUUCUUUUGGGCGGCCUAAAUAAAUAAUCUAAGCGAUUCGAAUUCUUUAUGGUCCGCGUAUAGCAGCAUACUUACUAGGUGGCUAGUGGGAUUCAGUGCAUAAAAUCUUAGUUGAAAGUCACUAACUUUAAAUGGGGAAGCAUUUUAACUUUUAAAUAAAAUGAGUAGACACAUAA